CGUGACUAUUCUACCAAACUCAUCCGAAGUGCAAUAUUGUUGUGUGAUUUUACUUUAUUCACGUGCUUUAGAUAGAUGACAACACAAAUUACUAUCAAGAUAGAUAAACAGAAGCUAAAUUUUAUUUACAAUUUAAGUAUCCAAAUAUUGUAUGCUUUGUCAUUACAUAAUUCAACCGACUAGAUCUACAACAACCUAUUCUCGGGAACCAGGUUCUGUAACCAACAUCCUACAGACACUUGGCUGGCCAACACUAGCAACACGCAGGCAAGGAGCCAGGCUUAUACUCCUAUAUAAGAUCCUGCAUGGAGAAGCAUCGGUCAUUAUCCCAGAUUACAUCAGGAGACCAACUGUAACAACCAGACAAUACCACAGGCACAGAGACAGGUUUUCCAGAGUUAGCACUUCAACGGAUGCCUAUAAAUACAGUUUCAUCCCCAGAACAAUUUUUUGACUGGAACCAAUUACCUGAAAGUGCCAUCCAAGCCCCCACAACAGACGCCUUCCGGGUCUGUGUGUGGCAGUUCCUGGUGUAACUAUUGAUACCUGAUUUUAACCCUGUACAGUUGUUGCAAACUCACAUAAUUUUAUUUGAUUUUGUUCCUGUAAAUACACAAGCUUUUGUUUAUUUUUAACUUGGCGUAUACUGGUUGACACACCCGCACAGUAUAUCUGUGUUAUGGAAAUUUCAACUGCAGAUUAACCACAAAAUAUAGAAGAAGAAGUACAAUGAACACUAGACAACAGGAAUGACAGGAUAUAUCUUCUGGGGGAUGGAUGGUAACUGAAUCAAUACAAAUAGCCUCAUUGAAUUGGAAAAAGCUGCAAAUGAUAUCAGUAACAAAAGAUUGUUAGUGUGCAGUGUGCAGACAGUGGUUAAACAGAAGUUAACAUUCUAUCAGUUUUGGGAUUUUACAAUCAGCUAGAGGAAAUAAUAGGAGAAAAAGGGACCUGUGUGGUAAAAACUUCCUAAAAGUCGUCCUUUAUGUGUUCAACUUUUUCUUUUGGCUGACAGCCCGAUUAGCUUUCCUAGCAUUAGGGUUAUAUAUCAAGUUCCAGAAGCAUACCUAUAUCAAUCUGCUAGGGAACAGUACUUUCCCUUUGGCAACAUACUUGCUACUAGGAACAGGAGCCUUUAUUAUCUUGUCAGGAAUCAUUACUUGUACUGGGACAUGUAUAGAAAAUAGAUGUUUUAUGGUUAUGAAAUGGCAGACAAAAGAGAUCUGUUUCCAGAGAUAGAACCUUAUGACACAGGGAUGUUAAAGGUAUCAGACUUACAUUCCAUCUAUUAUGAAGAGAGUGGUAACAAGAAUGGAAACCCAGUCGUUUUUAUUCAUGGUGGUCCUGGUGGAGGAACAAGUCCUAGAGACAGACGAUUUUUUGAUCCAGAAGCUUACAGAAUAAUCCUGUUUGAUCAGAGAGGAGCAGGAAAGUCUCUUCCAGCAUAUGAACUUAGGGAAAAUACAACAUGGGAUUUAGUGGAUGACAUUGAAAAACUAAGACAACAUCUAAAGAUAGAUAAAUGGGUUGUGUUUGGAGGAAGUUGGGGAUCCACAUUAGGACUAGCAUACUCAGAGACACAUCCUGAUAAAGUGAAAGCCAUUAUAUUAAGAGGGAUUUUUACUUGUCGCAGGAGAGAACUUUUAUGGUUCUACCAGGAUGGAUGCAGUUUAAUUUAUCCGGACAAAUUUGAAGCCUACAGAGACCAUAUUCCUGAGGUUGAACAAGGAGAUUUGAUAAGUGCCUAUUAUAGACGUCUAACAGGUGAAGACGAAAAAGCAAGACUUUCUGCUGCACAAGCAUGGAGUACUUGGGAAAUGGCCACAUCAAGAAUGUUUAUUGAUGAAGAAUUACUGAAGAAAGCAGAAAAAGACACCUGGUGUCUACAGUUUGCCAGAAUUGAAUGCCAUUAUUUUGUUAAUGGUAUUUUCAUGAAGUCUGAGUCACAGUUAUUAGACAAUGCAGAUAAAUUAAGCAACAUUCCUGUGACAAUAAUUCAAGGUCGUUAUGAUAUGGUUUGUCCUGCAGAAACAGCAUGGCUACUGCACAAGAAAUUGCCAAAGGCUGACUUCCACAUAGUUCAGGAUGCUGGUCAUUCAACCAAGGAAGAAGGAAUCCAGUCACAGUUGAUUGAAGCUACACAAAAAUAUAAACAUUUAUAAUUAUAUUGGUGUUUUUAACUUUUAAGGAUAUGAGGCAUAUUGACCCUCCUUAACAAUGCUUAUAUAAGCCAUUGAACAGAAAAAUAUUUAUAUAAGUUAUAGUUGAAUGAUUUUUAAUCAGAUAAACCAGUGAUUGAGAUGAAUUUGACUGGAAAUUUGAUCCAUUAUGUAUCUAGUCUUCACAUAAAUAAACAAAACCAAAGUUUCUCUGAUGUUUAAAUUUGCUACAGGACAAUCAGAUCAGUAAAGAACUACUUAUUGAUGGACAAAAGUAACUGGACUUAACCAAUAGUGGAUCAACAUUUGGAAAUCGGAUAAGCAUAAACUUUGUGUACAGAGAACUUAAUUAUUUUUCUAUGAUUAUAAUUAAUUGAUUACAAAAUGUUUUCUAUGAUUAUAAGUAAUUGAUUACAAAAUGUUUAAGUAUGAAUCAAUUGUGCCUUACAUUCCAAUAAAUCAAUACAGCCUUA